AUGAAAGAUCUGAGCACUCUCAACUAUUUUCUUGGGCUUGAGGUUACCUCAUCCUCUGAUAGCUACUAUCUUUCCCAAGCUAAAUAUGCUUCUGAUCUUCUCUCCAAAGCCAAUAUCACUGACAACAAGAUUGUUUCCACUCCCUUGGAAUAUAAUGCAAAGCUCACACCCUUGAAUGGUGAACCUAUAUCUGAUGUUACUCGCUAUCGCCAGUUGGUUGGUAAUCUGAUCUAUCUCACUACUACUCAUUUAGAUAUUUCACAUGCUGUGGGUAUGGUCAGUAAAUUCAUGGAUGCCCCUCGUUCUGUCCAUUAUGCUACCAUUCUUCGGAUUCUUCGAUAUGUCAAGGGCACACUUUAUCAUGGACUCCACUACUCCUCUCGGUCUUCUCUCGAGCUUCAUACUUAUUUAGAUGUGGAUUGGGCAGUCACAAACAUGGGAGUUUGUGUUCAGCAAAUUCAAGAUAGAAGAGUCUAUGGAGUUGGAACAGCACAUGAUCGUGUUAAUAAGUUCCACAAGAGGUAG